AUGACAAAGAGGAGAAACCUCUUUAUGGUUGGUUCUUCCUUCACAAUAGAUCAUUUACCUCCAGAAAUAUGGCUUUGUAUUUCUAAGCUGGUCGGGACGUCUGACCUGCAUAACUUGUGUUUAAUUAACAGAAGAUUGUAUUUGACAAUUACAAGUGAUGAAAUUUGGAAAAGAAGAUGCUAUGACCGAUGGAUAAAUCGAGAAAGCUUAGAUAUUUUAACUGGUAAUGAUUACGAUUCUAUACCCGUCUCUCAAUGGUAUUCUUACUAUUUAAGAAGAGCAAAAUGGGAGAAUAAAAUUUUUUGUCUAUUAUGGGGGUUAACUGAAGAAACAAAUCCCCAACAUUUCAGAGAGAAAUAUUUGCAUAUCCUCCAAUUUAGACAUUACAAACUGGCUACAUUUCUGCAUAGGAUUAUAAAACAAGGCUACAUACCUGAUAAAAGACCACUUGAUUUAAUCACGUAUGCAAACUAUCUGUUGAAAAAUGUGCGACAUAAGUACGUAUUUCCUUUAUUUUAUCCCACAAAUGCCGCUGAAUUGAAAAAUCUUAAUAAUAUGGCCUCAAGGGAUGCUGAAAUGAUAUAUUUAAGAUUAUCUGCCAUUGAUACGUCUUUUGAUGACUUACUAGAUGCUAGAGAAUUCAUAUUAAAUGGAAUAUGUUCCGAUCUACUACAAAAGUAUAAAAAAAUUGAAGAGUUUUUGAAAUUACGACCGGUGACUAGGGUUUCCAAGUUAAUCUCAAUCAGUACUGACUAUCUGGACUGCUUCACACAACCUCAUGAUUCAGUGGGUCAAACAAAUGAUAGGGCCACAGGAAGGGAGCUACAUAGAGAGGAUUUCAUGUUACUAAGAGUAUAUUCCCGAGAAGGACGAGGUUAUAAAACUAUCAUUCUAGCAAUAAUACAGGCUAUCACUAAGAGAUAUAACGUUGAUUCAUAUCUUGCUCGAGAUCAUUUGGUGGUGUCUGAACCAGACUUUCCAGAUGGACGGGCAUUUGUUACCGUGAAUGAGGAUUUCCAGCCAUACAUUUUUGAUAAAGAGGACCUUUUGAGCGUUUGGUCGAACAACUUCCAUAACGCAGAAAAUUUUGAAAGUACAGUUUUACCAGCAUUAUUAGAACCAAUAUCGAUACAACAUCUUCUGACGGAGUUCUUUCGAGAACUGCUGCGAUGCAAGCCCAGGCCAUUUGAGGGAUAUCCAAACAGAGCACACGGAUUACGCGAUAUGUUUCCAUACGGAAAAGUGGAAGUUCCCAGAGAUGUGACGAUGUAUUUUGCAUUUAUAUACGAUCUUUUCGAUGGCAUGUUUGAAUCUGGAAUGACAAGUUUACGGGGCCAGAUGUUGAGAGAUUUACUGAACUACGUUAACGCUAAUAAUUUUGGUGAUUUGAAUAUCAUCAUUGGACAAAAUGCUCUUAAGGAACCAAAUGACUGCUGGUCCAACAAGAGGGAUUACGUUCUUCUUGAUGACAAUAAUAAGAUUGGAUAUUUCUAUACGGAUAUUGAAACUGAGGAUACUUUAUGUGCCUUAAACCAAUAUGAAGUGGACGGCAAAGUUUUUAUAACAACAAUAGAUAUCUUGGGUGAUAUAAGAGUACGCCUGGCUGAAGGACUAACGCCUUUUCAGGGAGAUAAUGAUAAGUUGUGGGAGAGCUUUUCUUCCGUUGUUCCACGAACUGACUGGGGACUUUUUUUCAAAGGCUAUGACAAAGAAAGGCGUAGAAUGCAAUUAAACCCUUACAUAGAGGAAAAGCUUUCCAAUCUAGCGAAUGAUGAACAGCCUUUACAUAAUUUAUAG